GUGUGUGUGUGUGUGUGCGUGUGUGUGUGUGUUGUUAGCUCUACCGCUUAGCUCAAGCUGUCAAUACGUUGCAGAAAAGAAGUCAAAGUCGGCGUGCAAUCGCGACCAAUACUAAUUUAAAUAGCGGUUGUUUUAGGAGGUCCGGCAUGAACAGGGUCUCGAGACUCAUUUUUGCAGCUAGUCCAUGAAGGAUGUGUGUGGGGUUUUUUUCUUUUGCUUUUAGCCGACCGGCUAGCUAAGUUUGGGAAGUGAAGAGAGACGGGAGCAAAGCAAAACAGGACCGAGAGCUGCUUCCACAGACCUAUGCGACUGAAACCAGGUGAGUGAGUGAUGGAGGCAAGAGAGUUGUACGUGGUGGCUGGAAGCUUCAUCGGGUUCCAACUGUUCUUCUCUGGCGUCAGCCCAUUAGUGUCGUCUACGUUAACACGGGGCUAUGGGAAACUCCCACCGAACAAAAUCAAUGAGUGGAAUUCCAGGCUUGUGUCCACUGUCCACGCGAUGAUUGUCGGCCUUUUCUGCCUUUACAUCUUGUGGUUUGAUGACGCCGUCAACGCAGAUCCAGUCUGGGGAGAUCCAAAUUUGGUCAAGCUCAAUGUCGCCAUUACAUGUGGCUACCUGCUUUAUGACCUGCUGCUGCUAGCCUGCAACUGGAGCACCAUGGGAGACAGCUUUUUUGUGUGUCACCACUUGGCGGCACUCUACGCAUAUGGAUAUGUGCUGACACGUGGGGUGCUUCCAUAUUUUGCAAACUUCCGACUUAUUUCGGAAUUAUCAACACCGUUCGUGAACCAAAGGUGGUUCUUUGAAGCACUGGCGUACCCUCGCUCUCACCGGCUGGUGGUGGCUAACGGCGUGGCCAUGGCCGUGGCCUUCUUCCUGGUUCGCAUCGCUGUGAUGCCGCCAUACUGGGUGAAAGUGUUCAGUACAUUCGGCACGCCUGCCUUUGAGAGGCUUGGCCUGGGUGCACAGGUGGCCUGGAUCGUCUCCUGUGUGUGUCUGGAUGUGCUCAACGUUGUAUGGAUGUAUAAAAUUGCUCGUGGCUGCUACAGGGUCAUCAGUGGAACAAGUGGCAGGAAGAAAGGUGGAAAGGCAAGCUCUGAUGACUUAAACCAUGUCAACAAUCAUAUGGACUGAACAACAACGUAGGCAGGGGACGGAAUUGAAAGUGGCAAACUGGACCACGGUUUUAGAUGUUAGUCUUCCCUGCCAUACCAGGAACAUGGUAGCUGCUGCUUAUUUGCUAACUUGCCGAGAGAGAGAGUGGAGUCUGCAGUGUUCUCUGUUGCCUGGGUUGGAGAUCACCAAGAGGCAUUGUGGGAAAGAACAUCAACAAGCAUUACAGUACAGACCCCUAUUGCUUCAGCCACAAAGUGCCUCAAAACCCAAGGAUCAGAAAUGGAACAUAGAGAUAUACCUUCGAGACAACCUUCGAAUUAUGAAAGCUACCUUGUAAAGAUUUUCUUGUCAGUCGUCUGACAGAUGUACCACCUCUUGGGGUCUUCCGGUUUUUAGACACAGUGAACAUUCACCCAAACACACCACUGUGCCUCUUAUCUACAGGUCUUGGAGCAUUUUCUUUGAACUCCAGUGAUUUUCUUUUUCUUUUUGUGUCUAUUCCAACAUUUCUUUUCAGUUUUUUUUUUGGAAAAGCACUAAAGGCGCCACUGCUCCUCCUAACAUCACAUAAUAUUUGUAAUUUAAUGAUUUAUCCAUUGGUAAAAUCUCAUCUCUACCUCUCUAUCUUGGUACCAAGGCUCUUCUCAUGGACUGAAAUAGACAGAGAAAGAUCUCCAAUCAUGUUGUCAUAACCUGAUAGAGUCCCUGCUCGCAGUAUUACCGUCCAAGCCUCCCUGGGCCUCACCUUUCACAACAAAAUGUGUCUCUGUGGCCAUGUAGGGUGUGAGAAGCUUAAUAAGAGUUCCUGCAGGUGCCUUGUCCAAUGGCAGUGAAAUGCUCAUGUCACCAUCACCUCUUUCAUGCACGUUAGCAUCAUGCUUAUAUAAAGCCUGUAUACACGUGCGUUAGGUGGUUAGCUCGGCUAGCUUGAUUUUCGGCAAUGCUGUGUAUCCAUUCUUUCAGUCUGCUUAAGGCAAACAUGUCUUUUCUCUCUGCUGACAGCCCCUCAAUUUGAUUAGUACUUCUGUCUGGAGCCUGAGUUUGACCUUUCUGUAAUUCUCCUUUUUUUUUUCCCCCUUGGAUUGGUCUCAGUAUGUGGCAUUUUUUUAAAUGUCAAACUUUGUGAGAUUUCUGUUGUUUCUCAUAGUCUAUGGUGCUUCCUACUUACCAGCCAGUGCGUCUAAAUGGUACAUCUGCUUCAGCUGUCAGAACCGACAGCUCUAGCACGUGAAAGCCGACCGUGUCCUUUAUUCAGAAUGUAUUCAUUUGGGAUGUGCAUACAAUUAUUGUUUCCCUGUGUAUAUGCCGGCAGUGCCGUUUUGGCCCGUUUGUCCACUUUUGACUUAAGCACAAAUAAUAAUUUCAGCACCUUGGAUAUCAAAAUGUAUCAGUUAUCGCAGAUAGUCGCAGAUAUCCUGACAUUUAAUUAACACAACACUGACACAUGCUCUAGCACAGGGGUGCACAAGUCCUCAAAGGCCUGGGUCCAGCACACAUUUUCCAGCUUUAGUGCAUCUCUUAAAUCCGGUAAUUAACCGGUAAGUUGAAUCAGAUGUCCUUAAGCAGCGGAAUCACUAAAGUGUGCAGUAUUCUGGCCUUUUCAGGACUGGACUUGGCACUGCUGCACUAGUGUGUUUCUUCACCAAUAAUAUUUGAUUAAUAAGUCCAUUCAUGCAUAAACAUGGCAAUACAUAUGCUUCAUAUUAUAUAUUAAGUUCAGACAUUCAAACACCAAGCAUGACUGCUACGUUUCCUGUGAAUUUACACACUGCUCAGCUGAGUACCUCUGUCUUUUAAAUUCAUUUUGAUUUAAUGAAUUUGUACUGAAUUAUAAUAUGGGGUUUCUGUUUGUCUAAUUGUUUCAUGCAGUGCUUUUUUUUGUAGUAAUACAAACGCUUUAACCCGUAUGAGAGUCAGUAUUUUGCCUCGAAAAAAAGCAUGUAUAGCUCUCAAAUGUUAUUGGAAUUCUGUAUAACCUGGCACUCUGAAAUGUUGCCGGAAAGAGCCGAUACAGCGAGUGGGAAUCGUGGAAAACGUAGUUUAUUGCCUUACAUUGUGUCAGUAAAGAAAUUCUUUCUCAGAUCUUCAGUAUUUCAAGCUGUGACAAGAAUCGGAUCUAUCGGUACAAUUAAAGUUAUUUACUGAGCUGUGCGAGCCAGUGCCGGGUUCUGUAUAUGUAAUUCUAGUGCAAUUCAAUCCAGUGAUGCUGUUCAACAUAAGCUAUGGGUGACGGUUCUGUGCGAGCAGCGGUACGACGUGAUAUGUAGCAUUUGUAGGAUUUCUCUCACGUGCACCUGUGUGGAGCUGCUACCAACAAAUCGCACGUGUGUCCACUUUUGACUGGAAACCACUUCUUGAAAUUGUGUACCUUUUCAGUACAAGUAUAGACAACGUGUUAAUGAAAUGAAACCUUAUAGUAUUUGGAUGAUAGUAUUUGAAGUUGUUAUUUGCACAAGGCAUGCAUUUCAGUUUGGGGAUGGGGGAUUUAUUAGCUGAUAUGAUCACAUUUCUUCAUCAAUUAUAAGGUUACAUAUUUUACAGUUCCUUCAUCAGUUAUAACAUUGCCAUCUCCCAGAUUUAGAUAGUAAACAUGGUACAGCUAAACUCUUUAGGCUGUAAAGUUUAGCACAGGGCAUUAGUAUUAGCAUCUCUGCUAAAGAUUAUUUGUUUUUAUUCCUUUGUACAUUUAGAAAGAAAAGUCAAUGAAAUGCUGUCAUGCUGCAUGCAUAGAAUAUACAAAGAAUUAGUCUUGAUUACCUAGAGUUUCUCUCAAUGAUUUUCAUGUUGUGCAAUCAUUUGGCCAGGCACAUCCCAAGUAAUCAGAUUAUAUAUGGAAUGUGAAUGAAAAGUAACUGAAAAAAUAGACUUAAGCCAGCAAUAAACAAUGGAAAAAAGUAAUAAGUGAGUAAAAGAGUACAAGUAAGAAUAGAACGAUAAUGAUUGUACUUCAUUUUGCAUUUAACUCCCUUUUAUUGUCUUUUACCGCAUCAUGUAUAUUUCCCAUUUGUUUUGAGUCUCUGGAUUUUAAUAUGAAAGUGUAAAUUUAAACUGGGCAUUGCAAGGCUCUGUCUCAAAACUCAAAUAGCAUGAUUUUGACAUAACAGCAGUUGUGUCUUACUUGAAAUUGUCGCUUUUCAAUAAAUCCAAGGGCAUUGAAAAUCAA